AUGUUUAAGAAGGUUCACAAUUCGACAGGUUCAGCUCAUUAUAGAUUUGAGAGCAGGGUGCAGCUAAAGGUUGCAAUCGUAGGAGUGGAGAUUCGAUCUAAAGAGAACAUUCGAGGCACGUGGGGGUUUAACGUUGCUUUCACGAAAGAUGCUAUCAUACAUGACCAUGUCCUUUUUCUAAAGUGUUCCUGCAUGGCCCCACUAAUCAUCCUCCGCAAUCGCUUUGUUCGAAUCUGCUACUUUGACUCAAGUAAUGCUCAUUAG